AUUCACUAGUUACUUGUCUUUCGGCUUUUUAACUCGCCACCCCCGCCCCCUCCCCCAAUCCUGGCCCUCCAGCCCGGGUUUUAAUCCCCAUCCCUUUUCCGCCUUCUCCGUGCACCCUGCACCUCCCCCCCCACACCGUCGCCUUCCUCCUCUGCUCCGCACCCCCUUCCUCCUCCUCUCCCUCCCUCCUCCUCCUCCGCCGCCGCCGCCGCCACUUUCUCGCUCGCUCCCGUUCCCUGGACGCGGCGGAUGAGCCGGCCCCGCUGGGGAAGGCUCCGGGCGGCGGCGGGCGGCCGGGAGGAGGCUGCGUGCUCGGGGCUGGGGCUGCGAGCGGGGUGAUUUUGUAUUAAAAUGAGGAGGAGGAAGAAGAGGCACCCACAGCGGCGGCGGCAGCGGCGGCAGCAGCAGCAGCAGGAGCGGCGGCGUAGAGGGCUGCAGCCCGGGCGGACGCGCGGAGCCGAGCUGGGCACGGCGGCGGCGGCGACAGCGGCCGGGAUGAGUCAACUAAUAAUUUAAUGGGGGCAGAGACGGCAGCGAGGGGGAGAGCGAGCGAGGGAGAGAGAGAGAGAAACAGCCCCGUCCGGGGACUCGCGCUCACACGCACGCACACACACACAAACACACACACACACACACCUCUCCCUGUGCCACCCAGCAACAACCGGCCUCGUCACAACAACAGCAACAGCCACCCUCUAGCCUGCCCGGAGACCGCGCAUAAAGCCGGGGCGACUCCAGAGGACGCUCUCCACCCCCCUCUUUCAUUUCGGGAAACUCCUGAUCAGUUUUGCCGGGGUUUCUGGGUUUCUUUCCCCCCCAAGUCCUAGUGCCAUUGUGGUGCUCGUUGUUUACCUCGGACUCUGGCUGAGUGAGCGCUUGGCGACUUUUGGGGGGAGGGGGCGGGGAGUUUGUCGCUGCCUAGGCGGUGGAGGUGGCUGGGGGUGCCGUCUGCUCUUCUUCCUCCUCCCCCUCCCCCCCCGAUUCCUCUUUCUCUCCCUCACUCCCCGGGACCCCAGACGCUCACAGCCCCGUGUCAAUGGAAAGGAAGAGGGUCCUCCGGGCUGUUGUCAGUGAGGACGGAAUCAAAAGUGGCAUUUUAGUGCCUUGCCGGGGCUUUUUUCGCGACUCUCUGCCCCCCACUCUCGCUAUCCCCCAGUAGAUGCCCUCGUUAGGGGUGCCAGGCUGUGGGGAAAAGUUUAAGGUUUGUUAAUAUUAGUCGCAGUUGUCGGGGAGGCGGUGGGAGUGAUUGGAAGGGAGGCGAGGUGGCCUUCCCCUCGCUGCGUUCUCCGGGGUUAUUGGAGAAUAAUAUUGCAAGUGACAGCCAGAAGUAGACUUUCUGUCCUCACACCGAAGAACCCGAGCGAGCAGCAGGAGGGAGGGAGCCUAGCGGACCUUUUUAUUUCCUUUCUGGAGACCUUGUCAGCAGUGAUUUUUUUUUUUCUUUUUAUUAAAGAGAAUCCUCAGUCACCACCUCGCCUCCCCAGCACCACCACAGUGUACAGCUCAUAACGGGUUUUGCUUUGUUUUUACGAUCCCCCCCCCACAACGAAUCACUUGUCAGAUCAAUUUUAUCUUCUUCCUCCUCCCGGCUUCCCACUCAUCCCUCCUCCCCAUUGAAAACCCCGUUCUCUGAGGUUAGACAUUUUACAAACCCCAUAUGUAUUGUUUUUUCGAAUGGUGAUUUUUUUUUUUUUAAACCCCUCUCUCAUGGCUACUCUUCUAGACGUUUAUUUCUGCCCUUCCCCCGCUUAGGGGGGCGGGGGUAGGGGAAGGGAAAAUAAUACAAUUUCAGGGGAAGUCGCCUUCAGGUCUGCUGCCUUUUUUUUUUUUUUUCUUAAUUAAAAAAAAAAAAAGGACAUAGAAAACAUCAGUCUUGAACUUCUCUUCAAGAACCGGGCUGCAAAGGAAAUCUCCUUUGUUUUUGUUAUUUAUAUGCUGUCAAGUUUUGAAGUGGUGAGUUUCAGGUGAUCUUUAGACAGUGACUGAGUAUGGAUCAUUUGAACGAGGCAACUCAGGGGAAAGAACAUUCAGAAAUGUCUAACAAUGUGAGCGAUCCAAAGGGUCCACCAGCCAAGAUUGCCCGCCUGGAGCAGAAUGGGAGCCCGCUAGGAAGAGGAAGGCUUGGGAGUACAGGUGCAAAAAUGCAGGGAGUGCCUUUAAAACACUCGGGCCAUCUGAUGAAAACCAACCUUAGGAAAGGAACCAUGCUACCAGUUUUCUGUGUGGUAGAACAUUAUGAAAACGCCAUCGAGUAUGAUUGUAAGGAGGAACAUGCAGAAUUUGUGUUGGUGAGAAAGGAUAUGCUUUUCAACCAGCUGAUAGAAAUGGCAUUGCUGUCUCUAGGUUAUUCACACAGCUCUGCUGCCCAGGCCAAAGGGCUAAUCCAGGUUGGAAAGUGGAAUCCAGUUCCACUGUCUUAUGUGACAGAUGCACCUGAUGCCACAGUAGCAGAUAUGCUUCAAGACGUGUAUCAUGUGGUCACGUUGAAAAUUCAGUUACACAGUUGCCCCAAACUAGAAGACUUGCCUCCAGAACAAUGGUCGCACACCACAGUGAGGAAUGCUCUGAAGGACUUACUGAAAGAUAUGAAUCAGAGUUCAUUGGCCAAGGAGUGCCCCCUUUCACAGAGUAUGAUCUCUUCCAUCGUGAACAGCACUUACUAUGCAAAUGUCUCAGCAGCAAAAUGUCAAGAAUUUGGAAGGUGGUACAAACAUUUCAAGAAGACAAAAGAUAUGAUGGUUGAAAUGGAUAGUCUUUCUGAACUAUCCCAGCAAGGUGCCAACCAUGUCAAUUUUGGCCAGCAGCCCGUCCCAGGGAACACAGCAGAGCAGCCUCCAUCCCCCGCGCAGCUCUCGCAUGGCAGUCAGCCCUCUGUCCGGACCCCUCUUCCAAACCUGCACCCUGGGCUUGUGUCAACGCCUAUCAGUCCUCAAUUGGUCAACCAGCAGCUGGUGAUGGCUCAGCUGCUGAACCAGCAGUAUGCAGUGAAUAGACUUUUAGCCCAGCAGUCCUUAAACCAACAAUACUUGAACCACCCUCCCCCUGUCAGUAGAUCUAUGAAUAAGCCUUUGGAGCAACAGGUUUCAACCAACACAGAGGUGUCUUCCGAAAUCUACCAGUGGGUACGUGAUGAACUGAAACGAGCAGGAAUCUCCCAGGCAGUAUUUGCACGUGUGGCUUUUAACAGAACUCAGGGCUUGCUUUCAGAAAUCCUUCGAAAGGAAGAGGACCCCAAGACUGCAUCCCAGUCUUUGCUGGUAAACCUUCGGGCUAUGCAGAAUUUCUUGCAGUUACCAGAAGCUGAAAGAGACCGAAUAUACCAAGACGAAAGGGAAAGGAGCUUGAAUGCUGCCUCAGCCAUGGGACCUGCCCCCCUGAUAAGCACACCGCCCAGCCGCCCUCCCCAGGUGAAAACAGCUACUAUUGCCACUGAGAGGAAUGGGAAACCAGAGAACAAUACCAUGAACAUUAAUGCUUCCAUUUACGAUGAGAUUCAGCAGGAAAUGAAGCGCGCUAAAGUGUCCCAGGCACUGUUUGCAAAGGUUGCAGCAACCAAAAGCCAGGGAUGGUUGUGCGAGCUGUUGCGCUGGAAAGAAGAUCCUUCUCCAGAAAACAGGACCCUGUGGGAGAACCUCUCCAUGAUCCGAAGGUUCCUCAGUCUUCCUCAGCCAGAACGUGAUGCCAUUUAUGAACAGGAGAGCAACGCGGUGCAUCACCAUGGCGACAGGCCGCCCCAUAUUAUCCAUGUUCCAGCAGAGCAGAUUCAGAGCCCCUCUCCCUCCACCCUUGGGAAAGGAGAGUCUAGAGGAGUUUUCUUGCCAGGCCUGCCGACCCCUGCACCAUGGCUCGGUGCUGCUCCUCAGCAGCAGCAGCAACAGCAGCAGCAGCAGCAGCAGCAGCAGCAGCAGGUGCCUCCCCCUCCGCAGCCGCAGCCACAGGCACAGGCCGGCCCCCGCCUCCCCCCACGGCAGCCCACUGUGGCCUCGUCCGCAGAGUCAGACGACGAGAACCGGCAGAAGACCCGGCCACGAACAAAAAUUUCCGUGGAAGCCCUGGGAAUCCUUCAGAGUUUCAUACAAGAUGUGGGCCUAUACCCGGAUGAAGAGGCCAUCCAGACUCUGUCCGCCCAGCUUGACCUUCCCAAGUACACCAUCAUCAAGUUCUUUCAGAACCAACGGUAUUAUCUCAAGCACCAUGGCAAACUGAAGGACAAUUCCGGUCUAGAGGUGGAUGUGGCAGAGUAUAAAGAAGAGGAAUUGCUUAAGGAUUUAGAGGAGAGUGUCCAAGAUAAAAAUGCUAACACCCUUUUUUCAGUGAAACUAGAAGAGGAGCUGUCAGUGGAAGGAAAUACAGACAUUAAUGCGGAUUUAAAAGACUGAGAUCAAAGUAUUAUUUUCACUCAACAGUGCCACUGGUAUUUGCUAACAAAAUGAAGAGUCCACCUUGCAUUCUCUCAGAAGACCUUUGUCAUUCAUUGUUUGGCCAAUGAAUCUUCAGAAACUUGCACAAACAGAAAAGUUGGGAAAGGAUAAUACAGACUGCACUAAAUGUUUUACUCUGUUUUACAAACUGCUUGGCAGCCCCAGGUGAAGCAUUGAGGAUUGUUUGGUAUUAAAAUAUGUGUUCACGGGACACACCAAGGUGUGUACCCCGUAAGCAUGAAACCAGUGAUUUUUUUUUUAAUUAUUAUUAUUCUGGAGCCUCAAACAAGCAUUAUAACUUCUGUGAUUAUGAUUUUCUCUCCUUUAAUUAUUUCUGUAGCACUCCACACUGAUCUUUGGAAACUCGCCCCUUAUUUUAAAAAAAAAAACAAAAGAAUAAAAGAGUUUGUUACUCUAUUGUAUGUUACAAAAGAACUAUAGACUGUGGAAUGCAGUUUAAAGAUGACAUAUGCCAACAAAUGCCUUGUAUUAUAUGGCACUGCCGUAAUUCAAAUUCGUUUUUAUUUUGGAAAUAAAAGUUCACUGUAAUUUUUUUUUCAUUCUCAUUGUUACAUUUUUUUAAAAAAAAAAAAAAAAAGGAAAAGAAAAUGUGAAACACAAUUUAGUCCUCAUUAUUUAUUUGUAGAUCCUGCAGCAUCAUGUUAUAAUUAAUUUUUUGGAAGUUUCCGUUAAAUGUAAUAUUGCUUCUCUUGUUACCAUACUGAUUCUUUUCUAUUUAUAAAUGUAUUUUGAUGGGCAGUAAAACAAAGUGUCUUAAAAGUUUUAAAUAGAGAAAAUGUGCUUUACACAGUUGCCUAUAAAAAGUGCUCUAUGUUAUCCAAGCAAUUCAUACUAUAAGCUUCACUCUUAUUGUUGUAUGCAAUUUUUACUAUCAUGCAAAUAAGCUUAGGUAAAUAAAACUAAUAGAUCACCUUAGAAAAUUAUGCAAUUAAUGUGAAAAUAAUUGAUGUUUGCAAUGUGUCUUCCUUUGGUUUACAAUCAAUUUUAAAGCUACAUCUGUAUAAAAUUUCUGUAUAAAGGUGUAUUUCUUUUUUAUGAGUUUAUGGCUAUGAAAACAGCUAUUUUGUUACAGCUGGCUGUUUUUAUAAGUGUAUCACAAUUUUCUUUAUGCAGAAAUGUUCUGAUUAGGAGUGGUUAUUGACUGUAACUACACAAUUAAAAUUGUUUGUAUGGUAUGA